AUUAUAUUCGCCACUUAUUUUUAAAUAUAAGCAUCAUGGUACAAGUAGCUUACAUUGGUUUGGGGAAGAUGGGAUAUGAAAUUGCCAAUCACAUUGCCAACAAACUCAAAACAAAUGGAGACCCACCAUUAUUAGUAUAUAACCGUAACUUCAGCAAAGCACAGCAGUUUGCGUCUACUUACAACCAACACAGUCAAGCCGUCAGUUCUUUGAAAGAUAUCAGCAAUGCCGAUGUGAUUUUUUCAUGUCUUUUCAAUGAUGAAGCGGUACAAGAUAUUAUUGGUACGCAACUCUUAUCUUCUGGUCUGGUCAAACAAGGUGCCAUCAUUGUGGAACAAGCAACUAUCUCCCCUGAAACGGCCCAGGAUUUGUUAACUCUCGCAUCUUCUCUUGGUGUUCACUAUCUUAGUUGUCCUGUCAUGGGUCCACCUGCCAGAGCCAAGGCAGCUUCACUCAUUCCUCUUUUAUCCGGUGAUCAUACAGCAAGACCCACUGUUCUCCCUUUGAUUGAACAUGUCAUUGGCGACAAGAUCAUCCAAGUUGGCAAACAUAACGAUGCAGGUGCGGCAUUACGACUAAAAUUAUGUGGCAACUUUUUCGUCUUUGCCAUGACUGAAUCGAUAGCGGAAGGUUUGACAUUAGGGGAAGCUACGGGUGUGGGACAAGAUAGCGUCAAGGCCUUGAUCGAUACUUUAUUCGCCAAUACUAUCUAUGUUGAUUAUUCUACACGGAUGGUGGAUGAAACUUAUCAUGAUGAUAUCAGGUUUACUUUGGAUGGAGGUUUAAAGGAUGCCAGUCAUAUUUUGGAUCUCGGUAAGAGUGCCAACGUCGAUCUACCUAUUACAGCUACUUUCAAGGAACGCUUGACUACUUUACAGCAACGACAAGCAAAUAUGGAUGUCUCUGGAAUUGUUGGUGUUGUACGUGAAUCCGCUGGUUUAGACUUUGAUUUGAAAUCCAAGGAAAAAAAAACAUAAUAGUCUAGCUUUUCUUUUCUUUUCUUUUCUUUUCUUUUC